GUGAAUCACUCCUAAUGCACUCGAGAGAACAAUAUGUUGCACAGUAGGUAUUUUUAUAUUUAUGUGUUCUCUUAUAUUUUUUUCCAGCUCCAUUUAUUAUAGAUCCACUUCUAUACCCGGCAAAUAAAAUGUAUGCGGUAAAAGCUAAAAGCAAAAGCAAAAAUUCAGCAGACGAAAAAAGGGACGAAGAAGCUUAUCCGCUUUUCGGGACGCCUAUUCACAUGUACACCCACAUUUGGGAGCAAGCAAGUUGAGGGGCGCAAACAAAUUUGCACAAAUCUGCAUGAAGGGUUGGUGGCAUCGCGGGAACACGAGUGCCAGGGAGGUUUCUCAUUCAGCCGGCGGUCAAGCUGGUUCAGUACUCAGUUACUCAGCAUACCUAUACCGGUCUACCCUACUCCUGUAUUUGCCAGUCGCUGUAUUCGCCCGAGCUCUGCGUUCGCGCAAGGGUGGAAAAGUGAGACAAAGACAGCACCAGCGGAGUGAGUAAGAGAAUAACCAUUACGAGGGUAGGGGUUGCGAGUCUACGAGCAGAAGCGAGGAGACGACGGCGUUAGUCUCGCCCCGGGUAAAGUUACUGAUGCUGCGUCAAGCGUGCUCCAGUCCUUGUAAUUCUCGAGUCUUCGAGAUGAUGCUGGUAAGGGCUGGCUCGACGACUCACCAAAGUAACAAACAUUUGGACUGGUGUUUCAGACACCUUUACACGGUUAAACAUCAUCUGUGAUGAGAAACUCGCCUGAUUUUAAUUAUCCAAAAAAUCUAAAUUGUUUAAAGUGCUAAAACACGCGUAAUAUAAAUAUAUAAUUAAAAUUAUAAAUACCUAGACACCAUGUCGAGCAAGUCGAGGAGUUAUGACGGGCUUGGUCAAUACCCGAUAUUAAUAUUGUGUGCCUUGCUACUGUUGUUAUAACAAACUUUUAUUAUCACUAUUAUUUUAUCUGGUGUUGUUCCUCUGGCAUUAUUUAUUGUUCCUGAAUAAGUUCUACUGCUCAUGCGUUUAUUUUUUAUUCAAAAACUUGACACAAUUGCGGUUCUGAUAUCUCAAAAGGUCCCACGUGUCCGUGUGUGUGCUAUUUUUUUACACAAUAACGUCCCCUAACAGCCAGAAGAUACAUAAAGUGUUACAGAGUGUGUGAAAAAAUUAAAUAUUAAGAUAUAACAUUUCUAUAUAAAAUUAUUUUAAAAUGAAAAAAUAUUAUUUGGUUUAUCAUCAGAAUGCACAUAAGGUUACAUACAACCUAACAAGAAAAUAAUAAUAAUAAUGAAAUAAUUUGGAAGUAGAUGACAGCUCGAAGCAAAAUAAACUCAGGUAAAAUAAAUCGUUACUCAAAUAAUCACAUGAAGCGUUAUAAUGUGACAAGAUUAGCCGGUAGAUUAUCAUCAUCAUCAUCACCUUGGAUUUCAACAGAGAACCGAUACUACCAAGGUUCAACUGGAAUAGGUAGUACAGAGGGGAAAUGACGGCUAACUGUGAAAAAACGUUUCUCUCCUUAGCUUCACCUCUGAAGGUAAAAAAAAAAAAAUUCUUAAUCAACCAAGUGAAUAAUUCCAGCAAGCUGGCAGCAAGAUGGAGUUGCGCACUAUUACUGCUGGGACUGACAUCAAGACUACCAGCAGUUACAGGACAUUGCGACCUGGCAGAAUUGACCUGCCGUGACGGGCGAUGUGUCCCUUUGGACGCCUACUGCAACGGGAGAGACGACUGCGGAGACGGAAGCGACGAGCCAGCACUCUGCACGCCCUGCAACAGGACCUACAAUGGUCGAGAGGGUCGUACCUACGAGCUAGAUCUUCCCCGGCCGACUGAAGCUCGGCUGCCGUUCCUCUGCCACUUGACCUUCACAGCCAGCGGACCAGGUCACGGAGAACUGGUCCAGUUGCUGUGGGACGCUUUCAGCAUCGGACGUCUGGAAACAGUUAACGGGGACUCUAACGAGCCGUUCUACUCAAGCUGCCCGGAGGGGUCUCUCCAGUUGGCUGAGCUCGGGAAACCCUUCACCGGCGGAUCGUGGUGCGGUCCCGGUGAAGGAAGGGCUUCCUAUUACAGCGAGACUAGCACGGUCACUGCAUCAAUCAGACUGUUCCACGCACCCUCGGCAGUUCCGUUUGAAUUCCGGCUCCGCUAUCGCUUCAUUUCUCGCAAUGAAGCUGUUGCAAGGCUGGGAGAGCCUGGACUUACCAUAGAGCGAGGGUCACCAGUACCUGGUACUUACUGCUCACGCAAUUUUUAUGAGUGCCACAAGAAGCAGUGCAGGGUCCAGAGUCCUAAUUAUCCUGGAGAGUAUCCUAGGAACGCUAGUUGCUUAAUUACUGUCAGGCAAAAAUUUGUGCCGACUUGCAAGCACGCAAUGAUUUCUAUUAAAGCUGCUAGUGGAGCUAAUGCUAUCAAUAGUGGAGCUUCUAUUCUUCACCGAGGAUUGCCGAGUUCAUCUUCUUCUUUUAACAAUACUCUGUACAAUAAUUCUUCAUCUUCUUCAAUAGAUCUCCACAACAAUGGGAAUCAUUCGCUAGCUCAUACAAGUCAUAAUAAUAUUAAUAAUAAUAUUAAUAAUUACACCAGCAAAUUGAGCGUCUGGCAGGAUUGUCCACCAGAAAAAGACCGUCUGGUGUUCCGAGACGGGCCGAGACUUGAAGAUCCUAUUCUUCUGGUGUACUGCGGGGGACCUCUGCCGAGAAUAACAGCCAGAGGACCCGCGAUGCUCAUUGAGUUCCGCAGCUCGCCUCUUGCUAUUCCCCUGGGAUCUUCACCUUUGCGAGUCGAGCUGCAAGUCCCUGUGGUUUAUGUCGACUCGGACGGGCUAGAUUACGCCCGGGGCGAGCAAGGCUGUCACUUCUUCGUAAACGACACCAGUAAACGCAGUGGGAUUCUACGUGCGCCGCAGCACACUCUUCCUCUGGGCUCCAUCUGCACCUGGAAUAUCAAAGGGUCGGUCGGUGAUAAAAUUUGGUUUUAUUUUUCGUCGUUCACUCAAAGAGAUUUGACUGGUGGGUCGGAUAAUAAUGCGAGUUCUUUUAGAAAAGAAAAUAGGUAUGAUAGGAAUGAUAAUAAUGAUAAUCAUAAUCGGUGCGCUAUUAAAAUGACCCUCUGGGAUGGACCACCUACUACUGGUAUUUCUAUAGCUUCCCUUUGUGAUGAUACGCCGCGAUUAUGCGCCCAUGCUGCUUUGAGAAACUCCACUAGAAGCACUCGACCCUGUACACUGCUAGAAAGUUAUAUUACUAUUACACCCACGCUUACAUUGAGGAUGGAAGCCCACUACGGGACCGCUCUGCGUACUGUUAAUUUUCAGGCUCGUUACGAAUUCAUCUCGACUCUCCAGGGUGGUGAAGCCUGGGGUGAAGGACCUUGCAGCCGUGUCUGGCGAAAAGUCAAAAGUGGUGAAGUAAUGUCACCGAGGGACGUAAGGCUGUACGGGCGAGGAGGAAAAUCAAAAUUGGAAUGCUCGUAUCGCAUUGAAGCGGGCGUAGGCGAACGAAUAAGACUGACAAUCCACAACGUAAGUGUUGGUGACGCGACAAAUUGCAUAAGCGAAUUGGAUAUUCACUCGAGUCGACCGAAAUGUCUUCCCGACAUCGAUACCCGGGAAGCUAAACUUACAUUAUACGAAGCGCCAUGGCGCGAUGUCAAGCUACCCCGGGCAUGUCUCUGCGACAAUACUUCUCACUUGCCUCUCACUUACAUAUCGGUUGGAAAAGCGCUCGAGUUGACAUUUUUGGUGGAUGAACAAGCGCCUUACGAAGACUUUGAAACUCUUUUCUUCUAUGCUAGUUUUGAGCUGAUUCGCGUGCCCGACUGCCCCAGAAAGCAUCGUCUCCGUGGAGAAGGUGGAGAGCUGAGAUUCGUGUCCCCACCAGUUUCCAUACCGGAUAUUUACUGCGAGGGGAUGCCGUGGCUUGUCGAGGCGAGAGAAAGCCGAUCAUUAUUUGUAUUGACGUGGGGAUGGUUCCUGCCCCUUGAGCAAGCCACAGAAUCAUCUUCUCUCUCUCCCUCCUCGGUAACUGCAGCAUCAUCGGCAUCAGCAAGCGGCUCACAUCACCAGACAUCUCAAGAUCCCCCAAAACCAUUUGUCAAGUGUCCCACAUCAAACAGAUUACUUCUGUACUCGGGGUGGCCAACUAAGCUCCUCAAGGUUGUGUGUCCUGCUGAGCCUGGAGCUCGGGAUCACACCGUUCAUAUAUUUUCUGAAGAAUGGCUGCUGGCUGCUGGAAACUCCGACGAACACUGGCUUUCCCCGGCGCGCCCGGCGUCGCUGCUGGUUGAGUUCGUGUCCAGAGAACCUGGACAGGCUUCGGCUUCUUGGCUGGAGAUCUCCAAGAGCCGCUCGGCCCUGCACAGGCAACUACGUCUUCCAGGAAGGACCACUGAAAAUGACACCAGCACUGCUGAUUGUCUUCACACUUGUCCUGAGCUCGGGGCCUGCAUUGCUUCCAGUUUGUGGUGUGAUGGACACAUUCACUGCCCCUCGGGCCACGACGAGGCCAAUUGUGGAAGUGGAGCUCGGUUAUUAGGACUACUUCCGCCCGGUAUGUGGCUAAUCGUCGCUGUUAUUUCCGGAAUAGUUACUGCCUUUGCGUGUCUUCUCACAAUACUUUUGUGCAAAUCAAAGGUUCGUGCUAAGAAGCUAUGCUACGACGACGAAGUAAAAAGAUCUGGUGCAGUUCCUAGGAGAGCGCCAACUGAAGAGUCUCUAUUGGGUUCUUGACAGCAGUCUCCCGGUUUCGUGGAAUAUAUUCACGUCGACCGGGAGACAACGGUUUAGUAUUAUAGCUCUGGAUUUAUAGUUUCGUGCAGGUUUGCCGUCCAGUAAUUUAACUCGCCGGAUCCUUAUUUGCAAUAAUUAAUUUUAUCGACGACAAACGACGAGGAUGAUAAUUAUGGAUUCGCACGAAACUUAAUCUUUAUGUACACGAUACUCAUACAUACAAACAUACAUAAAUUUAUAUAUUACAUAUAUAAAUAACGCAAUAUAUAAUUGUGUUCACAGUAUUUUCGCCUUAAUUAAGAAUAAUCAUUAUCAUCUUUAAAAAAUUUAUUUUAAAAGUCAUCUUCAUCUUCAUCGUCAUUGUCAUUAAUUUAUUUUAAAUUUAAUUAAGGAAGAAAUAAAUUGCGGAGGAUUUAUUAUUUAAUAUAAAUGUUUUCACUGUCAGUAACCAAAGAAAAGCUUUAAAGACUAACUGUCGUGGUACAAAGAAAAAAUAAAUAAACAAAAUGAUUAAAAUCUCAGCGAUAAAUUUUUAACUGCUAAAGUUAAAAGUUAAUCCCGCAUACAGCCGUUUAUAUACACGUGCCCUCAAAUUUCUUCUCAGUAUAAUAAAAUAAAAAAAUAAUAACGAGUAACAUUGAAACAUAAAAACCAUCAAGAUGGUUUAAGGGAAGAAAUAUGUGUAGAAGGGUGUUUUUUAAUGCUGGUUUUUUAUUAAUUUUUUUAAGGUAUGAAAAUUAAUGUUAUUUAUUGAAACCAUCAGGUUAUUUUAUAUAUAUUUAUAUCAGUCCAUAUUUUACGACAAUAUAACUUAAAAAGUAGCGGAGCUAUCAGUUGAUACACACCGUAGGUUGUCUUCCGACUUAGCAGUUGGUGUGCACUAUGGAAGCCACAAUUUUUAUCUGAAAUUAAUGCCACAGAAAAAUUACUUUUCUUUAUACAAUUACGCUGAAUACGAACCUCCAUCAUAAGCGAUAUUUUUAUUUAAGCUAUUUUUUUUUUUAAUAAACAAUGUAUGAAAAAAUGGUAAAAAUCACGACUUAAUUUCACAGCCCUCUAAAAAAUGAAAAUUUUUACUUUAUUGGAAUUGAGGUUCAUAUAGAAGAUACACAUAUAAAAAAAGUAAUUUUUCUGUGCCAUUGAUUUCAGAUAAAAAUUGUGGCUUCCAUACUGCACACCAACUGCUAAGUCGGAAGACAACCUACGAUGUGUAUCAGCUGAUAUCUCUGCUAUUUGUUAAAUUAUAUUGUUGUUUAAUACGAAAAA